CUACUCACACGCACGCACGUACUCUUUUUCUCUCUCUCUCCGUCUCUCUUCUCUCUCUCCAAACUCACCCUCAGCACCAAAGAGAAAAGACUCCUUCAUCGGGCUCAAAACGCAAAGCGAGUUAAUUAAUUUCAUAAUCUUCUCAGUAUAGGUUCACAGACAAUCACUCUUGUAUCUAAGCAGCAAAGGAACAAACACGGAGACCUCAUGUGCUCUAACCCCUGAUGGACCAAAAGCCACUGAUUUCCCUUCCAUCACCUCUCAGAUGGCCUCAAAACCAACGCUCACCACUCCAUCUGUAAUCCCCACACUGACCACAGUCCCCCAAAAUGAAAGCACGAAGCUGCCAGAGGAAGAGGAGUACCACACGCUCCUGCUCGUCGUCUACACGGCGGUUCUGCUCGUCGGCAGCACCAGCCUGAGUGUCACGUUGCGCGUAAUGAAGUCCAGGACAUCAUCCACCACCUCCGUCGCUGUUCUCAACCUCAUCUUCGCGCACUUUCUUUUCCUUCUCUCUGUGCCCUUCAGGAUCUAUUAUCACGCGGCUCAGGAAUGGAGCCUCGGCCUGGGCUGGUGCCGAGUGGUCAGCAGCAUGGUCCACAUCCACAUGUACAUGUCUUUUGGCCUCUAUGUUAUCAUCAUCGUCACACGCCUCCUGGUGUUUUACCACAAGGCUAAGCAUUUGGAGUCUUCACCGGGGAUUUACGCGCAAGCUGCUAGUGUCGGGGUGUGGAUGAUUGUGCUUGUCAUUGUCACUUGCAUAAUCUAUUUUUCCUACGGCCAGAAAAAUGGUAAAGGUAAUACCUUGGACAAUCAAUGCUUUAGAUUUGCCAACAACAUAAAAUCCACUGCCAGGGUGAUCAACUACAUCAUUAGUACGUUGUUUAUAACGGUAGCCAUUGUGCUGACCGGCCUCCAAGCCAAUGUCCUGUGGCUUUUAUACGGGAAACAUCACCAGCGGUGCACGUCACAACAGGACUUUGGGGCUCAGCGAAAGAGUCUGUCCUUCGCCGUCAUCAUGGUGGUGUGCUUCAUCCCAUACCACAUAUUCCGACUGUAUUACUUGGAACACCACGAACUGCAGAAUCUCAAUGAGGUGUUUCUGAGCUUGACCACCUUGAACUGCGUGGACACGCUCACCCUCUUGGGGAGGAGGACAUGCUCCUUGUGCGUCCCAGGAAAGGCGAUUUAAUCAGCCUGCCCAAUGACUCUUUUGUAUUGUGAAAAAUCUUACACCACCCCGGACUUUGUUCACGAAUUAGAGAUGCAUUCCAUUUCGGUUUAACAUUUGACAUCGAAAUAAUUUCAAGUCUUCACCUCAGAAAUUGAUGAGUAGGCCUACAUCAUCAUAUGCGAUGACAUGUGAGAGAAUUUGUCAGGCUAAGUGAGCAUUGAAAGGAUUAACUCUACUGUAGUCAAUGUUUUACUGUACACAUAUGUGUGAGCAGACGCACCAAUGACAAGAACAAAUUUGCCGUGCGUGUUCUUACUGCUUUUAUAGUAUGCGGGGUACUUGAAAUUAUCAGCACUGUCCGCCACAUGCGUAAGGAUAUCUCUGGAGAGUAAGACAUUAAGCGUUUCCGGUGGAAAGGAAGCGUGCCAGUGCUAUGAGACGAGCGCUGAAGCUACCUCAUUGAGCAUUUAACACAAUUUCUACAAUGUCUGCCUUCGUGUGCCAGAGCACAGGUAAACUAGCUAAGUUUGCUUUACAUAGGCGUGUUACUAAAUCUUUCAAGUGUGUUCUUGUGUGCACAAGCAGGGCACCACCCAAAUCUUCCUCUUUUGAGUGUACACAACACCAUUGAAGUUAUAUAUGAAGUUUGAUGACCGCUCAAAUAUGAUUGGCGAGAGCACUUUGACACAUCCACGUCUUCAAAACGGGUCCGCCGUUAAUCUCCUCCAGUUGGCGAAGGAACAAAAUCACACGGAGCCAGGUCGGGUGGGUAGGGAGAUUGCGCCAGUUAAUUGUGACUCAGCAAUAUUGUGUGACGUGACUCGACUCGCUUGAAAUUUGGUAGCGGCUCGACUUGCUUGAUUUUUUUUUAUAUUACAUUCCCCCCCCCCAGUAACUUGGGACUUGUUUGAAACUUGAAUGUUAUGACUUGAGACUUGCACAUAUGUGACUUGCACCCACCUCUGGAUUCAAUACUUAAGUGUUGAUACUUUUCAAGGUGCAAAUUUCAUCGAAACUUGUUAGAAGAAGGGAUAGCUCCUCGAGCAAACAUUGCGGUAUGUCUCUACUGUAAGUUCGGUGUCAACUCGGUUUUGAGUUUCAACACGUUUCCCACGUUGUCAUCAUACGUUUGCUUGGUUGCCGGAAGUUAUCACACCUCCUUACUCCAAUAUAAAAUAUAUAUCUAAAACAAAAAACGCAAAGUUGGCUCAGUGGAAGAAAUAGAAAAGACUGGGCUCGCAGUUCACUUAGAAUGACUUGAGAGACACUUUAUAUGACUGGCAUGCAAAUCAACAGAGAAGCCAACAAAGUUAAGUAGUUCCUGAAACAAUAAGCAACCACUAGGCUCUUGGUGUCCUUUUUAUUGGUUUGACUAUACAGUGGCUAGCUUCUACCUACACUUGUAUGACAGGUUAUGAGUGUUAAAAAUCGCGUGACACUUAACGCUGGGGAGGAAAAGAGUUUGUUAAUACUGAGUAAUGUGCAGAGAGAAGCCAGUGAUGAAACAUCCGUUAUUGCGGUUCUCUUCUCUUGCCUCAUGCAUUGAAGCACUGUCUCAUGUGCUGUAGCAUUUUUUUUUAAUAAUACCAUUCAAUUUUGAUGGACUGUAAUGAUUUUUUUUCAUACAUAAAAAUAUACAUUUUUUGCACAGAACUUUUACAUGCAUGAUUGACAAAAAAGUCAGCCGCAUAGAAAAUCCAAAUGUCUUUUUUUCCCCAUCAUGGCGCAUUCUGCAUUUCAGCUUCACCUCCUGUUUUACAUUUGUGAAAUUUAAUUUGAAAGUUUCUCUGAAUAUACAUUUAAUCGUAUUGUCUCACACUUGACUUUUGUAUGCACAGCUAAGGAGCUUUGCCCUCUUGUUGAGAAUAAGAAAUACAGUAAAUUAUUACUUUGUCACCAUUACUUUGUGAAACAUU